AUGAAAACACUUCCGACCUACGAAAGAGAUUUCAGGUACUUUUCCUUCUACCUGGAUACCAAUUAUCCUCUCGUUCCUCCUGUCGUGCCACAAAUUCAGAACGAGAAUCAACAGGGACAAGCGACUACUUCAGGAAAUUCCUCAGAAACAACAAACGAAAAUACUUCCAUCCCUCAAGAUCCGUCAGCUCUUUUAGAGCUAGAGCUUUCCGAACGAGAAAAUUUACUCGAAACAUUGUAUGGACAUCUUCCGUUAAUUGAACAAAACCCAACCGUUGAUCCAACAAGAUUUAAAAUUUUGAAUUUCAACGAAGUGCUUCAAUUAGCAAAAACUCAAAAAUUCGAGGAAUAUGCUGAAUAUGAAAAGAACUUGGCAGAGGAAACGAAACUGUCAUCUGGAGCUGCCACAAACAAAAAACCAAAAGAAGUGGAGAGUGAAGAAGAAAUCAAGAAAAAAAUUGUCAAGUUGAAAAAUGAUCGCAAACGGCUCAUAGCUCUCAUCUACCGAAGAAGUAUUAAUUUUCAUAUCGAGGAUUUUAUUAAAAAGAAGGCGGAAGAGGAAAAGAAAAAACAAAUAGAAUUACAAAAAAAGGAAGAGGAAAAGCGAAAGGAACGAGAAAAGGCGAACAAUGCCAAUAAGAAGAAUACUACUGCAACAACAACAAAUCCAACACAAUCCGAGGCUCCCCCUCCGACAGAAGAACGACCCAACAGCAGAGACUCCUCCACUUCGCAACAGCCACAAGAGGCAACACCUCUCACAAAAAAUUCUCCCAUACUCUUCUUUUUGUUUAAAGAUUAUCCAACAAAUAGUGAAGAAGCAAAUCAACUGGUUGAUGCUGGUGUUAAUUUUGAUUGUAUUGUUGUGCUAAAGAAGGAGAAAAAGAGAGGCCCUCCUCCAAUUUCUGAAGAAGAAUUAAAUCAAAAACUAAAUGACAAGAAGAAGAGACCAAAAAGCAACGAUACCAAGCAGAGACCUAAAAGUGGUGGAAGUGGAGCAAAGACCAACAAUCAACCAAAGAAAACAGUUCCACCAGCGUCAUCGGCGUCGUCACAAAACAAUCCUCCAAUAUUUGAGCCCGAGAACAGACUAUGCCAGUUAGUGGAAAAGCAACAACAGGUAUUGCAAGAAAAUAAUCAGGCCAAUCUUCUCAGGAAUGUCAUGUACAUACAUUAUUCUUUUGUACAAUACAUAUACGAUGAUGACAAUUCGAAAUUUGACCCUGGUGACAAUAUGGAACGUGAGGUGGCAAGAUUCUUCUCCACGCUCGUUCAAAAUGCUCAAUUAGUUAUGAAUCACUAUGACUCGUAUUUGCAAGACACUGGAUUUCAAACAUCCACAUAUGUCUCAGAUGACAAAAUUGAAGUGGAUCUGAGUUAUUAUAACAAGCUUUUGGAAAAAGUUCCUGAUAUUUGUUGCUCUGAGGCAGUGAUACUUCAUUGCUUAAUGGAACAACUGGUAAAGACAGUUGAGGACAAGUUUGAACUUGUAUCGAAUGGUGAUGACAAAAAGGUCACUCAGCAAGUUACAGAAAGUUUAAACACACUACUUUCAACCACAUUUAGCCCAUAUAAUUUUUUACAAAAAGCAGAUAUUGCUGAGAAGCAAUCUGAACCAAAGAACACACUUACGAAGAUUGGAAAUGUUAGCCUCAUACCAUUUGGAUCCAAAAUUUCUGAACACUCCUUGCACACCAUUCCAAUUCAACAAGACAUUACAAACGUGGAUGUUGAAAAGAAAAUUACACGAAUGCUUCAUUUAUUCCCUGAUUUGGACGAGUCACACCACGAUGCACAACUUGAAUCUGACGAAGAACGAAUCACUCACAAAACUGAAAUUUAUCAUUUCCUCUCAGGAAAAGAUGAAGAUAUUCAUGGGCCAUACAAGUACUCUAAAGAAGAAAUUGAUAAGGAACUCGUACUUCAACAAUUUGAACGAAUGAUGGAAGAACGAGGCCUUACCUAUAACUUUACAGACAGAAACAUUCAAGAAGUAUUCUCUGUUGAUACAUUGAUUGAAGUCAUUUCCAACAUUGGUCUGUUCGAGAAGCCGCUUCUUGUGUCCAAGUACAACCAACUCAAUCAUUCUGUCAUGCUUGCAUUUUAUACUGAUGUUCCUUCAUGCAGAUAUGAAAGAAUUUCUCUCGUAAAACGAUUUUCCGUAAAGCCAUAUUUCUUGGAAUGGUUUUCCAAGUAUCAAGACUAUUUCAUGCAACAAUUUAAUAACAAGUAUGAACGACAACACAAGGAGACCUACGACAGAACAGUCAAAAUGGCUCAAUUUGGUUUGGAAGACGAGGAACAUAAAGAGACACCUCGAUCUGCUGCCAUGGAACUGGAGGAGCUUCCAGAGCAUAUAAUCACUCUUCCUCUUCCUAAAUUGGAAAAAUCAAAGCGUGAAGAAUUGCCAGAUCCAAAACAUGAGAGAUACAUAUUUGAAGGAAAAGGUUCUAACCUUUAUGUAGAUACUGUAAAUUUUUAUCCAAGCGACGGAGCAAUAAUUUACCUCCAGUCAGAAUAUUGCACCUCUAAAACGAUUUCAUGCACGGUCGAUAAGGAUGGUAUGAUUUUUGGGUUUAAAAAUACCAUUAAAUCAUUGGAUAAUCCUCACAAUGUGCUAAAGAGGAAUUGCUAUUUUUCAUGCACGUUUGAAGACUCCUCUACACUGCUGGUCUACUUGAGAGAUCAAUUGGACUCUACGAGCACUGAGGUGGAUUAUAGUUGCACUAAUGGGCUACAUGUGCGGCUAACACAAGAUGGAUCUAUUCAUCAAUUCUAUCCAGCACAGCAAUACUCAAAGAAGAAAAUAUUUGGAACCGGUUUCAAAGGGCUUUACCAAAACGAAACUAACACAAUGACGAUCAGUUUAGACUCUGUUGAUGAAAUAAUUCAAGUGUGGAAUUCUUCAACAAACUCUGUGGAUCAACAAUUAGUACGAGAGCAAUCAGUGACGAUCACAAAAUCAGGUGUUGUGAUUCGUAGAUUUGAAAAUGACAUUUCUCAAGUAAUUUUUCCCAACAGCGAGGUGCACCAUUUCAAUGCACAAGGAGCUUGUUUGAAGACGUCACCAACUGGAGAGAGAUGCGUAGAGUUGCCUGAUGGUACAAUCACACCUUUGCUUCCAAUCAAAUAUGCCAAGAAUUUUGAUGCCUGGAAAGAAGCAGAAGUACAUGUUCGAGAAGAUUUGGUAAUGAAAGUAAUUUUUAAUGAUGGAUCCCAGUUCGUACAAUAUUCAGAUGGUUUCCGGGUGUGGCGAUGUCCUGUUGUCCACGGGCAAUUAUUUGUUUCUGAGGAUGAAGAUGAGGACGAGUUUAUGCAUGUCAAUGAUUUUUACACUCUCAUCGAGAGAAGCGGCUUUGCAACUGUAAAGAUUAUCAAAGAUCAAAUGUUUUACGAGUUGCCAGAUCAAGCGCUAUUCACAUACUCAUCACAAAAGUUGUAUACCUGUUCAAAAGACGGUCACAUUAUUUCUGUAGACUUAGAAAAGAAUUUUGUCGACAUUGAGCCAUCGAGUUUAUCAUUUACAUCCAUUAAUAAGGAGAGAUUCCACAAGAAAUCUUCAAAAUACUACUUUGGAAUGUAUUCUUUUGACUAUUUCAAUGGAGGAAUGAAAACCAUCGAUAUUUUAGGCCAUGAAUUUGUUGUGACAGGCACAGGUCGAUCCAUGAUCAAAUUCUUCAACGAGAAUGAAAAGUCAAGCAAAGAUAUUCAUGAAGAUAGAAUGAUUGUUGAGGAAAGAAAAGCAAGUCGAGCUUGCACACCUCGUACACCAAGUAGACCAAGCAGUUCACGACAAGCCAUCGAAGCUACAGGAGAGAACGCUAGCCAACAAACAAUUUGUCCUCAGGACACUGCCAGUAGCGUGGAAGACAAUGGCAACGUUGAAAAAUCAGGCGAGCAAAAAGAGAACGAUAACGAAGAAUCAGAAGAAGUUCAAGCUCUCUCACAAUCACUAAUUGCUUACUUUAAAAAGAAUAAGGUAGGCAUCCCUCCCGUCUCUCUCAUUGGAGAUGUGCCCAAUGAUGAUAGUCAUAAGCAUCUUGUUCCUCCUCGACUUUUUGAGUUGUCACUCGAUGGACGCUAUGCAUUUGAAUAUGUAUCAGAAUCGGUGAUCACACCAAUUGCAGAGGCAGCCAAAUCCAAUCCUGACAAGGUGACCUUAUCUGAAGAUCGAAUUGGAGAGUUCAAGAGCGUAUCUUCUGUUCACAUCUACACCAAGUACGACCAAGGUACUCGAUAUUUGGAAAGUCCAGAAACAGUAUAUUCAAUUCCAAAGGCUGUCAUGCCUCUUGGAAAGUUGAAACAACUCGAUCCAUCCAUAUUUUAUCAUAGACAUUUUAAUAGAUAUAGACCUCUCACUCAAGACGAAAGAAAUACAUUGAAAGAAAAACUUCAGAGAUGGAAAGAAUGGAGAUCAAAACGAGAGGACUAUGUCAACGAGACGAUGAGUUAUGACCCAGAGAAGGCAGACACCAGAACAGAACAAUUGAAACAAGAAGAGGAGGCAAUUAAGCAAGAAUUGGCAAGAAUAUUUGUGGAAAAGAAGAUUUUCGAUCUUGCAGAGCCAUCAUCAUCUUCCAACCAAUCCCAACCAAUGAUGCCCAACGAAUCCAAAGAAAAACCAACCGCAUUGCAAAAAGACAAAGUAGUUCCCAAAAAACAAUCCAAGGAACAGCAUGGCUUAAUGACAAAUGAUUAUAAAGAGCCCAUGCAGAGUAAAGACGGCGUUCCAAAAUACUGGGCUGAACCUGAAGCCUUGGAAACAUGGAAAACACUUGUACUUGGAAUUCCAAAGAAGGAAAAGAAGUCGUUGAGAAAUUCUGAAAAGCAAUUAUUGGACAAUGAUGAAUCAAGAACUGUCGAAGAAGUGUCAUAUGCAAGAAAUGAAACAUCGUAUGAUGAUCAUAACGAACCAAUCACAACUGAACCAUCUAACACUACUACCUCUCAAAAUGCAGUGCAAGACACUUCCAUGAUGGAAGACCAUGCAAAUCCCACUGCCGAAUAUGACCAUGUCGAAAACAACGAAGAGACAGAACAAUUCGAAGUUGUUCACACAAGAGGAGCUAACGCACAUGAUCCAAGCUUUUACGAUGUGAAAAAUGUCAGCAAAUCGGUCUGGUUCAAAAAAUCAUUUGUUCCAACUGCUACGGCCAUUCCCAACCACGAUUACAAGUCUCUACAUGAUUCAUCCAAGAUUAAGGUCAAGACCUCUUCCAUGGUUAAGAAAACGACAACCAUUGAAAACCAUUCAUUGAACAAUUCUUUACCACCUAAAAACGAGCUUGCAACUUCAAUGAAUUCCAUGUAUUUAGCAUCUCCAAGUAGUGCUGCAACGACAUCCAUGCUCUCACAGCAUGGAUUGAGUAAUAUUCAAAUUUUCCCAAAUACUUGUAAUUUUGGAUAUCUAGUGGUUGGAGACGUCUAUCGAAUGAGUGUACAAAUGAUUAACAGUGGACAUGUUACAGGACGAUUCCAAAUUGAUUAUCAAAAUCGAAGUCAAUGGUUUGCAGCUAUGGAUGGAAAUGCCUCAGCAGAUUCUCUGAAUAGUACAUUGAGAAUUUAUUGUGACAAGGGUCCUAUUGCACCAGGAAUUAAUCGAAAGAUUGAAUUUGAAGUUCAUGCUAUUCGACCUCAAAAAAUUCAAUUCGAUGUUCAAGUGCGUACCGAAGAGAGUAUAAUAACCAUUCCUGUUUCUGCAACCAUUUUGUCACAACAAGAAUUUGCAGAUCAUCAAUACAGAAUUUCAUCACGAGUGAAGAUUGCUAAAAGUAGACCAACCUUGUACAAGAUUGAAUUUUAA